CUCUGGUACAUAUGCCGCUCCUCAAAAGCGCCAUCACCGCCCUGCUCUGGCUCGGCGCGGACGGCCUCAUCGCGAUAGGACACACGCAGUCGUAUGGCACGCGCCCUGCCGGUGGCUCGCGGCGCUGCUGCGCCAUCGCUGCGAGCGGCUUUGUCACGCCCAUCGGCCCGUUCUGCCCGUUCCGUUCAACCACCUGCGCGGAGAAUGGGCCGCUCGGCGUGGCGAUGGGCGAGCUCACAGGCAGCAAGAUGCCGCGCUUUGCCGAGGAGAUGUCUCGGCUACAGCUCGAGAUGAGCAUGGGCGGCUCGCCCGACCCGCAAAAGGUGGGGCAGAUGGCGGAGGACCUGUACGAGGCGGAGCAGCAGUGGCAGCGGAUGCUGGCGCGCAUGCGGCUCGCCGACGACUUCCAGAGCCGCGAGUACUUCAAGGUGACGGCGGCGUGGUCCGAGCGGCAAGGCGAGUCGCUGGAGUCGGUGGGCGCGAUGAUGCGGUGGCAGGCGAGCUCAAUUAAUAACGAAUUGCGUAACGAGUUCGCCCACGCCGCGGACAACAUGAAGGCCUUUGCGACGGGAGGGAUGCCUCGCCCUCCUCCGCCGGGAGUGGACCUCGACCGGCUCGCCGCCAAGCAGGCGGCGUCGGGGCAGGCGAAUAUGAUGUCGCAGCUGACGAGCGCGCAGGCGGCGGUGACGGCGACGCCCUUCAGCGGGGAGGAGGCGGCCUUUGAGAGCGAGGUGGUGCGGGCGGAGUACGAGAAGCUCUGCCGCGACCACGCGGCGCUGGUCCAGAUGGGCGAGAGCUACGGCGGAUACGAUCCACUCGGCAAGCUCGCCUUCCUCGACGCGCUCGAGGCGGUGGAGGAGCGGUGGGACACCUUCUUCGCCCGCUUCUCGCUGAUGGGCGCGCUCAACCGCGAGUUUGUGGAGCAGACGGACGGCUUCCUCGGCUCGAUGGGCAUGAGCGCGGCCGACUUCAGGGGGGUGCUGCGCGAAGCGCACGACCUCAUGCGGAGGGAUGCGGAGGUCGAGCGCGGGGCGGCAGUGUGA